CGUUCUGGACAAACGAUUCCUCUUUGUCACCCUCCUUAAAAAGCACUUUAUUUUGGAGUUCAUUCGAAAAUAUUUCUAUAACAUAAGCGAGGAGUGAUAAAAUUUUUCUAGUUGCAGGACAGCAGGCGCCACGGUAGCGGAAACGAUGUUGGCUACGCUGAAAGUUCUCACGAUGGACGACAUGAAAGACAAAAGUAUCCAUUUCACUGCCCAAAAGCUUUCAGAGGACAUACAAAACAUGAAGAUUUACCAAGCUUUUUAUACAGAAAUUCAGAAACUUGUAUCAUCACCAAGUGUAAGAAAAGAUGAUUUCAAAACAACAUUAUUGGAAUCCAUGAAGAAAACUGGUAUGGAGACAGAACUACGUAACACGGUUUUUCAUUGGGUUCGAUCUCAUAAUAACAGAGAUUCAGAUGGUAUCACCUCUAUUGUCAGGGAACCCUUGACAUACUUACGUAAGGCUCAGCUGCAAUGGGAAAAACGUAUUCAUAAGUCCCUGAAUUCCAUGUGUGGGGAACUUGGAGUACCUUUAGCUCGUUUGAGACAAACAACAGAUAAGGAAGAAUUGGAUGAGAAGUGGACAGAACUCAGCACCUAUGACAUUGACCUGAGCCAGUAUAGACCCGUUUAUGCUCCAAAAGAUUUUCUAGAAGUUCUUCUGUUGAUUCGGAGUCCUAAUUAUCGUGUCAUGGAUGAUGGUGUUUGGGACUUUACUCAGAUACCAUUGAAAGUUAAGAGCAUCACAGAAUUAAGGGGUCUUUAUCAAGAGCUCUCACGGGGAGAGGCUCUACUGGGUGUAAAUCCAUACAUGGCCUCCUCUGGGAGUUAUCCCACAUUGGAAGCAGAACGCACCACUCUUGGAGAAAAAGUUCUCCUCUCCAAUCAAGCACCAGUUGCUCAAGAGUUUUUAAAACGAGGCUCUCCCCGAUGCCUUAGGGGUCGCCUGUGGGCCCAGGUUUUAGGUUCAGCAGUAAAACAAACUCACAGAGAGUACUUUGCUGAGCUCAAACACCUAGUUCUUCAGCAUGACCUGAUGGUUGAUAAGUUGAUAAUAAAAGAUGUUCAGCUGACUGCUUCAAAUGAUGAUCAAUAUUUUGUCUUUGAGGAUGUCUUGUAUCAAGUGAUGCUAUGCUUUUCUCGAGACACAGAAAUUCUUUCAGUGUUUAAUCAUAGUUCAGCUAGUCCAAUAAAUGCUGUUUUGAAAAGUAAGGCGCCAUCACUGGAAAACACUGUUAUUUACCCUCCAAGUGGUGUCAUUCCUUUCCACGGUUUCACAAUGUAUGCUACCCCAUUUUGCUACCUGUAUGAUGAUCCGGUAGCACUUUAUCACACACUUCGUGCUUUCUACAUGCGAUAUUGGUUCCGAUUGCAUGAAGUCUCUUCUCAUCCGCAAGGGCUGCUAGCACUUUGUAUUUUGUUUGAGAGGUUGUUGCAAAGACAUGAACCCCAGCUUUGGAUGCACUUUAAGUUAAUGAAUGUGCAACCGAUCAGAGUUGUUUUCAAGUGGCUCAUGCGCAGUUUCUCAGGUCACCUGCCUCCAGAGCAGUUACUAUUACUGUGGGACCUUGUGCUUGCUUACGAUUCAUUGGAAAUACAAGCCUUGUUAGCGGUAGCUAUUUUAAGUUUUCGAAGAGAGAACCUUUUACAAGUGAACAAUCAACAAAAUGUAGAGGCUGUUCUAGCUGAUUUAUCAUCAAUUGCCGUUAUGCCACUGCUGCAGCUCACCUUAAUGAGAGACUGAUUGAUACUAAAGGAAUGAAACAAAGGCACUUGCCACAUCUGUUCACCCUUCCCACUCAUCAGGUGCUGAUCCAAAGUAGUCUAAAUGUGGUGUUGUCAGUCUUGUAAUAAAAGCUUCUUGAUCAU